AUGAUUCUCGGCCGCCUUUCUGGCAGAGCACUCUUCUCAUUUUCAGGUACAGAUUCCUCUGCCUUCCUUCAAGGGCUUAUGACCAACGACAUAUUGCUCCUAGACAACGCCAAGAAAAGACUUAUAGCCUGUGUCUUUCUCGGAUCUGAUGGAAGGAUACAGGCAGAUGGCCUCGUGCAUAGGAGGGAGCAUGAGUAUAUGGUAGAGAUUGGAACGGGGAAUGUGGAGACCUUCACUACACUUUUGAAAAGGAGAAAGCUAGCAGCAAAGGUUGACUAUCGCCAAGAGCAAGACGGCGUCGUCUAUGGCUAUACGCCGAGGGAGAUUGUCAGGAGGGUUUCUCCGGCCACAUCGGAGACCCUUCACCCAACGGACGUAAACCUGCAUGUAACUCAAUGCACCGCUGACUUGCAUCUGUUGAACAGACAAUAUACAUUCAAUGGACUGAUGCAUGAGACACCAGACCUGACUAUGCCACAUAGACUCUAUCUUGCCCUUAAUGGAUUUGGUCUCACGCUGGUGAAGAAUCUGAGUUCUCUCAAAAUACUUCCCCAAGAUUUGGCUUUGCACAAAAUGGGGUUCAUCGCGAAAAACAAAGGAUGUUACGUGGGACAAGAGAUCAUGAAUCGCAUCAUGAACAAGACAUUGAUGCACAAGUACCGACUUCAUUUCAUCCUGCGUAGAGAUCAUGUAGAUGAGCCAUUGGACGGACAUAAAAACGAAGCAUUCUGUACAGAUAGUGCGUUUUACAGGACCCUUUCUCGCAACAUAGGAGGGCUCAAGGCUACAAGCAUUCUUCAUCGCGUGGUGAAUGAAGAAACCACUGAACAACAGAUAGUAACAACGGACUCCAAAUGCAUCCCUUUAGUGUACUAUUCCACUGGUUUCGGACUUGCAUUAGUGCCACAAAGAAACAUGUCGAAGGACACUGUUAUCAUUAAUGACUUGGAACACGUCUGUCUUUCAGUCCAGCCUUCGACGACUUACGCGCCGGAUUGCGCCUGA